AUGCCAGGCUUCCUGCUACAUGGUCCACUGGUAAGGCUGUGCAUGGGCCUCGCAUGUGUCCUGUCCCUUUACAACACAGUGUCUGGAAAUAAAGAAGUUAAGAAGGAAAAAGAUGGGGCUUUCCUUAGUGCAACAGUGUCUGGCCUCAGAGGAGAAGAGAGUAGAGAAAAGGGGGUCGCCUUUCUGGAUACGACAGAGCUGCCUGCAAUGUCGGUUGAUCUGUCUGCACUUAACCUGACAGAGCUGGUGAACGGGAUGCUGAUCAGAGCUUUAAAAGAUAGCAAGAAAUUUUUCUCCUUGCUGAGUGUUACUUCCUACAGCUCCUUUGCCUUCCACAAGUUUUCUGUGGCCAUUUACAACAUUUCUAACCUGAAGACUGUGGACCCGGCCAAAUUCCCCACACGGUACUGCUACUGCUUGAACAACCGGACCAACGAUUUAUCAGAUUUCACAGCCCUACUGGUGGACUUCAUUGGAAAUUCUACCAGCUACCUCACAGAGAUUUUAAAGUCAACCUCCAUCCUCUCAGUGAGUCAAGCGAAUGAAUCUGACUGCAUCUUCAUCUGUGUGAUGUCAGGAAAGUCAGGAAGGAAUCUUUCUGACUUCUGGGAGAUGGCGGAAAAAUCUCCUGUUAUCAAUUACACAUUUACCAGCAGCAUGUCUGGUGUUCUGGGUGAGUCUACCAGCGGGAUGGCCCUGACUUCACAGCUCACACCCACAAGCCAGCAAACGCUACCAAGGUCAAGCCCCCAACAUGGAUCCCAGGACGCUGGAGUGUCUGCUCUGAGAAGCUCUCCCAGGACAGAGACAACUUCUCCUUCAGAGGGAGAGCAGACCAUGAACACAAACAAGCAUCCUGAGGGUCACAGCAGAGCCCUGGCCACCCUGGACAGCACUUCUCCCACCCUCCCAGCCUGGGCUACCAGGAAGGUGGCUGGAACUCCAUGGGUGACAGCCCGCAGGCAGGCAUGGGCUUCCAUACUACCUGUGCCCUGGGCUCAGGCCACCAGUGAGAAAACACCUGGAGGGCUUCCCUGGGAAACACUUUUCUCCCCGCGGACAUCUCCUGCAGAGGCCAAGAAGGCCACGAACACACGGAGCUUUUCCGAGACUCCUGCCAGGACAGCAGCCAUGCCUGGCAGCCCACCAGGGACCAGCCCAACCUCAGGCCCAUUCACCCCUGGCACACAGACUCCAAGUCCUACCAAGGCUCCGGCCCCCAGAUAUCCACAGGCAGGUGAUCUCCCUGCUGUGUGGCCCUUUACCCCUGGAGAAGAGCCAGUCCUCGUCCCAGGACCCCACCAGGUUUCAAGGUGUCCUGAGCCGCUCCUCAAGGAGGGGGCCAUGAUCUCUACUCCUCUUACGCUGGCCAUCCAGAAGCUUAACCCUUGCCUGAUGGAGCUGUGCCGCUUUUUCCAGCAAUGCCUCUGCAUGAGCCAGAAGAGAGACCCCAGGAUGGAGGCAGUGAGGUAUUGUCUUGAAUACUAUUCCUGGUUUCUGAAGAAUGCAACAUACAUCUGUCAGAGGGUGAAAAGGGUGCUCCACUCACACACCUUAAAACAAAUGUGCCUCGAGAACAUCUGCAAGUCUGUUUGA